UAUACUAUUACAUUUUAAACUGUUGAAAAGAAAAAAAUUGUACUAAUUGUAAAAAAAAUAAAAAUUCAAGAAUUUAUGAGAUGACAGUUGUUAAUGGUAACAAGAAAAGAAAUAUUUGAUUUAUGAGUGAAACACUUUAAAAGAUUUGAAUUAUAAAUACCAUACCAUGGGAUUUUGGAAACAAUUAUACCUUCUAAGUUGGAAAAAUUUUACUCUAAGAAAAAGACAAAAGUACCACUUACUUGUUGAGUUGAUAGCUCCAUUGGUUUUAUUUCUGAUACUGGUUGGAAUCAGAACAAGUCCUGGUUUGAAGACUUUUCAUCAUGAAUGUCAUUUUAAUGGCAAGGCUAUGCCUAGUGCUGGGUUAUUUCCCUUUCUUCAAUCAUUUUUCUGUAACUUCAACAAUACGUGUUACAAGGAGAUGACACCAACAGAAUCAAUGGGAACUGUAGACAGCUUUAACCAAUCAAUUUUUACACAGUUGGCAAGUGACAUAGAGGAUUUGUUUAACAAUCAUUUAGAUAAAGAUACAGUUACAGAUUUGUACAAAGACAUACAGAUUGCUUCAACAUUACAACACAAAAUCAAAAAUGGUAGUACGACAGGUGAAGUUAAAGUGGCUAAUUUGUUUACCAACCUGACAACAAUCAGAGAAGAGUUGAAAGAGAAAGGAGUAAAGUUUACUUUAGUAGAGUUUAUACAGCUUAUGAAUGCCUCUAUUGAUUUCCAGAAGGUACAUUUGUCGAACCUGAACACAGCUCUGAGAAGUUUUGACAGUUGCCCUGGAACAGAAUCUUUCCAGCAAGAUGUUUUAUCAGCCAUGUCUCAUUCUACAUUAUGUUCAUCAUACGGACUUCUGGGAAAUCUACAGUUUUAUCCUGACUCAGCUAAAGCUAAUUUAACAUCGAAAAUAUGUGGAUUAACUAAUCAACAGAAAACUGAUCUGUUAAUUGUAUUUAGAUCAGGAUUUAGUAUCCAGAAGUUUGUUUUGCAGAUGGUGAAGUUUACAUUUAUUAACACCAAGCAGUUUCCAAAUAUAAAUAGAAUCUUCACUAAUCUAAGAAAUGUUUAUACCUCGAUAAAAUCAAUGAAAAGUUUGAAACAUCCAAAAAUAAAAGCAACAUUUGAGAAACUGAUUCAGUCCACAUUAGACAAUGGUUCUUUGAAUACGUCCAGUAUAGUCCAAGCUUUAGGCCAGUUUGUGUGUGGUGACCAUUCCUUUCUACAAGUUCAGAGUGAGAAACCCAGCGAUCUGUUAUCCAGAUUUAUUAUAAGUGGAACUAAAGAUUACCAUGCUGAAGCAUCUUAUAAUGAAUAUGGACCUAACGCUCCUGUUUGUCGUAAACUGGUAAAUGUGAUGAACUCUGAUCCGAACACUAAGAUGCUAUGGAGAUAUCUGAAGGCUGUUGUCUUAGGAAAAAUACCAUAUACUCCAGAUACUCCUGCUGUUUUGGAGGUGAUCAAAAUGGCAAAUCGUACAUUUUCUGACUUGGCUGAUAUAAUAGAUAUAGCAAAGAAAUGGGAAAGUUAUGUGGAUAAUCUCCAGGAAUAUCUGAAACAAAGCCAUGGAUUUGGACUUAUACAGAGUUUCUCAGGGUCCUGUUUAUGUAACUUGAUGGAGAGGAAAAGUUUGAAACAAGAUGUUACAGAGCAGAACAGUGUGACAUGUAAAUUUUUACGGGAAUUCUUUACUAACAAUAAUAAUACUGUAAAUUUGGACAAAAUGUUGGUGUAUUCAAAAGUCUUGGCGAAACUUAUUGCUGAUUAUGGUCAGUGUAUUGUAUUUGACAAGUUUGUACCUUAUCCAUCUGAGAAAGACUUGGUGAAGAACAGCUUAGGAAUGAUACAAAACAGAACAUUUUUGGCUGCUGUGGUAUUUAACGUAGACAAGAGAACUCCAAACAAAUUACCAAAACAUGUCAGUUAUAAAAUCAGAAUGGACACAGACAGAGUGGACAAUACCAAGCAAGUCACUGAUAGAUUCUGGACACCUGGACCUAGAAGCCGACCUGGACCACAGACCAAAUAUCUAACCUAUGGUUUUGCCUACCUACAAGAUAUGAUAGAGCAGGCCAUUAUUAAGAUACAGACUGGUAUGACUAACAACAUAGGACUGGUACUACAACAGUUCCCCUAUCCUUGUUAUAUUGAAGACAGUUUUAUGUAUGGUAUAAGUAAAACCUUACCAUUAUUCCUGGUACUAGCCUGGCUGUUCCCUGUGGCUAUGAUAUGUAAGAAUAUUGUGUAUGAGAAGGAGAUGAGAUUGAAGGAAGUUAUGAAGAUUAUGGGACUUGGUAAUGGAGUACAUUGGUUGGCAUGGUUCAUCAAUGCAUUUUCAAUCAUGUUUCUUACUGUUUGUUUGUUGGUUAUAAUUCUUAAGUUAGGAGGAGUAAUAGAACACACUGAUGCCAGUAUAUUAUUGGUAUUCCUAACAGUCUAUGGUAUAUCUACUAUCAUGCAGUGUUUUCUAAUCACAGUAUUUUUCAACCAAGCUAACCUGUGUGCUUGUUGUGCCAGCUUUAUAUACUUUGCUUUAUACCUGCCAUACCUGUUAGCCAGACAUUGGGAACAUUUGAUGUCACUGGAUCAGAAACUGGCUGUUAGCCUGUCAUCAAAUGUAGCAUUUGGAUUUGGUUGUACCUACAUAUCUCGGUUUGAGGAACAAGCUGUGGGUAUGCAGUGGAGUAACAUCAAUACCAGUCCAGUCCCAGAUGACCAGUUUAACAUGUACUUGUGUAUUAUGAUGAUGUUAUCAGAUGCUGCUAUCUACGGAGUAUUGACCUGGUAUAUUGAGGCGGUAUUUCCAGGUAGUUAUGGAUUACCCAGGCCAUGGUAUUUCCCAUUACAGCCAUCAUAUUGGUGUGGUAUAUCUGUUUGUAGAUAUAAGGAGGAGGAAGACCCUAAAACAGACAAUAAUAAAGAUGCACCUAAACUAGAAGAGGAACCCCAUGAUAGACCAUUAGGUGUAUCCAUAAAGAAUCUGAAGAAAUGUUAUAAGAAAGGGAAGAAGAAUGCAGUCGAUGGUUUAAGUGUAAACUUCUAUGAAGGACAAAUAACAUCAUUCCUAGGACAUAAUGGUGCAGGCAAAACUACUACCAUGUCAAUUUUGACUGGAUUGUUUCCACCAUCUCAAGGUUCUGCCUACAUCUAUGGACAGAACAUUCUCACAGACAUGGACAAAAUUAGGAACAAUCUAGGCAUGUGUCCACAGUUUAAUGUACUGUUUAAAUUUUUGACGGUAGAGGAACAUAUCUGGUUUUACACCAGCUUAAAAGGCAAACCAAAUAAACAGGCUCAUGCGGAGUGUGACAGGAUGAUGAGGGAAACAGGUCUCUAUCACAGAUCACAGGAAUUCCCUGAUCAAUUGUCUGGUGGAAUGAAGAGAAAGCUCUCCAUAGCCAUAGCAUUUGUAGGUGAUGCAAAGACUGUGAUUCUUGAUGAACCAACUGCUGGUGUUGAUCCUCAGGCAAGACGAGCUAUCUGGGAACUUCUAAUUAAAUUCAAGAAAAACAGAACAAUUAUAUUAUCAACACAUCACAUGGAUGAAGCUGAUAUUCUUGGUGACAGGAUAGCCAUUAUAUCUCAGGGGAGACUACUGUGUUGUGGUUCAAGUUUAUAUCUCAAGUCACAGUAUGGUAAUGGAUACUAUCUGACUAUGGUUAAAGAUGGCAAUCUAGAUUCUGAUUCGUUAGAUAGACAGAGAGUUGGAUUUAAUAGACAGUUAUCAGAUAUACUUGAUGAAGGAUUUUUGGAAACAAUAGAGAAAUCAGAAGGGGAAGCUACUCUUCCUUUACCUGUAAAUGGUCCAAGAAUAAUGAGGGGCUACUCAAAGAAGAGAAUAUCAGCUUUUGUGAAGAAGUAUAUCAGGAGGGCCAAACUUGUAGAAGAUAAUUCCACAGAAGUAAUAUUUCAGCUACCACCAGAGUCUGCCAGGGAUGGAUACUUAGAGAUGUUAUUUGAAAUGUUAGAAAACUGUCAUGAAGACUUAGGAAUAUCUAGUUAUGGUAUAUCUGAUACUUGUUUAGAAGAGGUGUUCCUGAAAGUUGCAGAAGAAGAUGAUGAUCAUACUGAUGAAUUUAAAAGACAAAAGUUAGAGGAAGUCACUGAUGGAGGAAGAAUUGCUAGGCCAGUAACACAACUCAGCUUUAAAAGAAAUAAGAAAAGGUCAUUCCUAAGAAGUAUUUCUGAAGAAAAUAGACUGGGCACUGAUGAAAUUGAAAUAGAGGUAUCAACAGAAACUGAAGAGCAAUUUACACAUAAACAUGAUGAAUUAGCCAAUGGUUGCUUGUUGUGGUGGAAGCAGAUUGGUGCCAUCCUUCUUAAAAGAUUUCAACAUUUCAAAAGAAGUAAAAAGGGUUUUGUUUGUGAGGUUGUGAUGCCUGCAUUAUUUAUCCUGAUUGCCAUGUUAUUUUCUGAGACGAACCCUCCCUACUCAGACCCCCCACCAUUAGAGAUCUACCCUUGGCACCUGAUACCAAACAAGGGAGAUCAUCAUCUAUACAUGUUCUACAGUAAUGACAGACCCGGCAGCCGUUUAGGAGAUAGAUCUGAGGAUGUUUUGUUAUCUAAAUAUGGAAUUGGUAACACUUGUUUACAGGACUAUCAGUCUAAAAGCCUUCCAUGUGACCAGAAUAUGAAUGUUACAGACUUUAUAAGACAAACAAUGAAUACAAAUACAGUAGAAUGUUCUUGUUCAUCUGGAGUACAGGAAUGUCCAGCUGAAUUACCUGAACCUCCCAAACAGAUGUUAUAUUCCAAUGAUUAUCUAUACAACAUGACGGGAAGAAAUGUCAGUGAUUGGCUGGUUAAAACAAAUCAUAGAUACAUGUCUAGAAGAUAUGGAGGUCUAUCCUUUGGUUCAGAGAUACAAGACAUACAUAAUAAUAGUGAACAUGUCUCAUCUGUUUUACAAUCCCUCCUAGACCUGAAUCUCACUGAUCAUAAACUGGUGUAUCAACAUACACAGAUUUGGUCAAAAGUCAUGGAACUGAAGAGCCAUUUUAAUACAGAUAAUAUCAACAAAGUUUGGUAUAACAACAAAGGCUGGAUAUCAGUGGUUGCUUACAUGAACCUGAUGAACAACAUUAUACUCAGGAGUAAUCUGCCUUCAAAUGAAGAUCCUUCAGAAUAUGGAAUCACAGCCUUCACACAUCCUCUGGCUCCAACAAAACAACAGUCACAACAUCAAGCACAAUUUAACAACAAGGCUGAUAUAGUUGUUGCUAUCUGUAUUAUAUUUGCCAUGUCCUUCAUACCUGCCAGUUUUGUUAUGACUUUGAUAGAGGAGAGAGCGUCCUAUUCCAAACAUCUACAGUUUAUCAGUGGAGUCACACCAUUUGUUUACUGGAUAACAAACUUUGUAUGGGAUCUGAUAAAUUACACCAUAUGUACUUGCUUGUGUUUGUUGAUUUUCUUGGCUUUCAAAAGAGAGGCCUACAUUGGAUUGGAUAAUCUCCCUUGUCUUGUAUCCCUGCUUUUGUUGUAUGGUUAUGCCAUGAUACCAGUGAUGUACCCAUUCUCCAGAUACUUUAGUGUUCCAAGUACAGCUAUGGUCAUUCUCAAGUCAGUUAAUAUUUUCUUAGGAACAACUUCAACUUUAGCCAUAUUUGUUCUGGAACUUCUGGCAGAAGAAGAUCAGACUUUAAAGGAUAUCAAUGACAAAUUGCAUGAAGCUUUAUUAUUCCUGCCACAGUUUUGUUUGGGAAGAGGACUUCUGGAUCUGUCUAGGAAUCAGGUGUACAAAGAUGCUUUUAAGAAGUUUGAUACUGCCGGAGCUACUAUGAAGAAUCCAUUGGAAUGGGAUAUGUCAGGAAAGAACUUGGUUUCCAUGGCUGUCAUUGGAACAGCUUUCUUCAUCAUCAACAUCUUGAUUGAGUAUAGAAUAUUUUACAAGACCAGAGAAGUGAAAGCUCGACAUGAGGAAACUGAUGAAGAAGAUGAGGAUGUUGCUAAGGAACGUGUCAGAGUAUUGGCAGGUGGCGCCAGUGAUGAAAUAUUGACUAUACAAAAUCUAACAAAGGUUUACCAGUUAACAGGCAGUAAAGGGAAGCAUACAGCAGUAGACAGAGUCUGUUUAGGAGUACCAGAGGGUCAGUGUUUUGGAUUGUUAGGUGUAAAUGGAGCUGGAAAAACUACCAUGUUUAAAAUGCUGACAGGUGCCCUCAAUAUCACAGAAGGAAAUGCAUAUAUCAAAGGAGAAAGUAUAAAAUCAAACAAGUUACAGAGAGACAUUGGGUAUUGUCCACAGUUUGAUGCUGUCGAUUCUUUACUAACAGGAAGAGAAGUUCUCAAAUUUUAUGCUAGGUUGAGAGGAAUACCAGAAAAAGAUGUCAAACAGGUUGCAGAUUGGGGUAUAAAGAAGCUUGGCUUGGUCCAAUAUGCAGACAAACUAUGUGGAUGUUAUUCUGGUGGUAAUAAAAGAAAGUUAUCAACAGCUAUGGCUCUUAUAGCCAAUCCAUCUUUGAUAUUUUUGGAUGAACCUACUACAGGAAUGGACCCUAAAGCUAGAAGAUUUUUAUGGACCUGUAUAAAUAACAUUGUUAAAGAGGGUAGAUCUGUAGUUCUUACUUCUCAUAGUAUGGAAGAAUGUGAAGCUUUGUGUGAUAGAUUAUCUAUAAUGGUCAAUGGUAGAUUUAGAUGUCUUGGUAGUACACAACAUCUCAAAAAUAGGUUUGGUGAUGGAUAUACUUUACUAUUAAGAAUAUCAGGAGAGGAACCAGAUCUAACAUCAGUAGAAAACUUUAUAACAAAAACAUUCUCUAGUGCUAUACUGAAGGAAUCUCAUUAUAAUAUGCUACAAUAUCAACUUAAAUCAGAGAUUAAAUUGUCGUAUGUGUUUGGACAGAUAGAAUCUGCUAGACAACUACUAAAUAUAGAAGACUAUUCUGUUUCUCAGACCACACUCGAUCAGGUUUUUAUAAAUUUUGCCAAAAUCCAGACAGAUUUAUAUGAUGAAGAGUUUGAUUCAGAAAAGAAUGGGAAAGAAAAAGAAAUGAUAGAACUUCGAACAGUAAGCAUUAAUAGUGCAGAAGUAAAGACAGGACCUAAUGGACAUCUUACACUUAAAAUGCCAGAAAGUACAACGAAAUUGUAAAAAAUAGAGUUAGUAGUCUUGCUGGACUGAAAACCUGGAUUUUUUCUUAGGCUUUGUAGCCUUGCUGGAUUGAAAACCUGAAGAUUGUAUUAAAAGCUUUGUAGACUGGAUCUGGAAUAUUUUGUUUUACUGUGUAGCCUUAUUGGAUCGAAAACCGGGACAUUUUAAAGCUUUGUAGCCUUGCUGGACUUAAAUCUGGAAAUUCUAAAAGCUGUGUAGCCUUGCUGGAUUAAAAAACCAGUUCAUUUUUAUACCUGAGAACCUUUGCUGGAUUGAAAACCGGGACAUUUUAAAGCUUUGUAGCCUUGCUGGACUUAAAUAUUGAAAUUCUAAAAGCUGUGUAGCCUUGCUGGAUUGAAAACCAGUUCAUUUUUAUACCUGAGAACCUUUGCUGGAUUGAAAACCGGGACAUUUUAAAGCUUUGUAGCCUUGCUGGACUUAAAUAUUGAAAUUCUAAAAGAUGUGUAGCCUGGCUGGAUAGAAAACCAGUACAUUUUUAUAGCUGUGUAGCUUUAGUUUGCUGGAUUUAAAACCUGGAAAAUAUUAUAGCUUGUACACUAUGAAGUUGCAGGAGUUCCAGGGAACAAAAGUAUGAACUGUUGCAGUAAAUUAGAAUGUUGUGAAUACACUGAAUCAGACCGAGACAUUUCAGUCAGGAAAACUAAACCAGAUGUGUUCAUUUUCACUGUACCUGAUUAUUAAAAUGUUGUGAAUUAUUCAUGGUUACCAGAUUUCAUGAAUAGCAACACAUUACCAACUUUAUUAGUAUUCAAUGAAAUAUAUGGUUUGCCAUUUCAUUUAAAAGAGACAAAAUUUGUAAAACCACAAAUAUUUCUAUGCAUGCAUUUAAAUUAUCAGUAUAUACAAUCAGUAGAAAUGCUUAUUAAUUAAAAUCAUGUGCGCUACUUUUAUAAGUUUACAAAGGUUAAAGAUUUUAUUGAGACAAUCGAUUUGAUAUUUUGUUAAGUGCUAUAUAUUUUCUUGUAUGUAAACGUUUUAUGU